CAGAAGCCCUCGCGCGCGCUCUUCCUCCGCCCCUUCUGGAGUCCGAGUGCUGUUUUUGUUGUUGGUGAAAGGUGAGGGGAACAGCUGAUCGUCCGUGGGGAAGGCAAGGACAGGAUGGAGGAAUCAACCCUAAGCCGGGCUCGGUCCCGGGGUGGAGUCAACUUUCUGAAUGUAGCCCGGACCUACAUCCCCAACACCAAGGUGGAAUGUCACUACACCCUCCCCCCGGGCACUAUGCCUAGUGCCAGUGACUGGAUUGGCAUCUUUAAGGUGGAGGCUGCCUGUGUUCGGGAUUACCACACAUUUGUGUGGUCUUCGGUGCCUGAAAGUGCAACUGAUGGUUCCCCCAUCCACGCCAGUGUCCAGUUCCAAGCCAGCUACCUGCCCAAACCUGGAGCCCAGCUCUACCAGUUCCGAUACGUAAACCGCCAGGGCCGGGUAUGUGGGCAGAGCCCCCCCUUCCAGUUCCGUGAGCCAAGGCCCAUGGAUGAGCUGGUGACCCUGGAGGAGACUGAUGGUGGCUCUGACAUCCUGCUGGUUGUCCCCAAGGCCACUGUGCUGCAGAACCAGCUGGAUGAGAGUCAGCAAGAGCGGAAUGACCUGAUGCAGCUGAAGCUGCAGCUGGAGGAGCAGGUGACAGAGCUGAGGAGCCGAGUGCAAGAGCUUGAGGCAGCUCUGGUGACUGCCAGGCAGGAGCACGCACAGCUGACAGAGCAGUAUAAGGGGCUUUCCCGGGCACAUGGGGAGCUCGCAGAGGAGAGGGACAUCCUGAGCCGACAGCAGGGAGACCAUGUGGCACGCAUCUUGGAGCUGGAGGAUGACAUCCAGACCAUCAGUGAGAAGGUGCUGACAAAGGAGGUGGAGCUGGACAGGGUUAGAGACACAGUGAAGGCCCUGACUCGGGAGCAGGAGAAGCUCCUGGGACAGCUGAAGGAGGUCCAAGCAGACAAGGAGCAAAGUGAGGCUGAGCUCCAGGUGGCACAACAGGAGAACUGUCGCUUAAAUCUGGAGCUGCAGGAGGCCAAGGGUCGGCAAGAGGAGCACAGUGUUCAGACCCAGCGACUGAAGGACAAGGUGGCCCAGAUGAAGGACAGCCUAGGCCAGGCCCAGCAGCGAGUGGCUGAGCUGGAGCCCCUGAAGGAGCAACUUCGAGGGGCCCAGGAGCUCGCAGCCUCAAGCCAGCAGAAAGCCACCCUUCUUGGGGAGGAGCUGGCCAGCGCAGCAGGAGCCAGGGACCGCACUAUAGCUGAGCUCCACCGCAGCCGCCUGGAAGUGGCUGAGGUCAGCGGCAGGCUGGCUGAGCUCACUCUGCAUCUGAAGGAGGAAAAGUGCCAGUGGAGCAAGGAUCGGGCUGGGCUGCUGCAGAGUGUGGAGGCAGAGAAGGAUAAGAUCCUGAAGCUGAGUGCAGAGAUCCUUCGGCUGGAGAAGGCAGUGCAGGAGGAGAGGACCCAGAACCAAAUGUUCAAGACAGAACUGGCCCGGGAAAAGGAUUCCAGCCUGGUACAGCUGUCAGAGAGCAAGCGGGAGCUGACGGAGCUGCGGUCAGCCUUGCGCGUGCUCCAGAAGGAAAAGGAGCAGUUGCAGGCUGAGAAGCAGGAACUGCUAGAGUACAUGAGGAAGCUGGAGGCCCGCCUGGAGAAGGUGGCAGACGAGAAGUGGAAUGAGGAUGCCGCCACGGAAGACGAGGAGGCCGCUGCAGGGCUGAGCUGCCCGACGGCUCUGACGGACUCGGAGGACGAGUCCCCAGAAGACAUGAGACUGCCACCCUAUGGCCUGUGUGAGCGUGGAGACGCAGACUCCUCUCCUCCCGGGCCCCGAGAGGCCUCUCCUCUCGUCGUCAUCAGUCAGCCAGCUCCCAUUGCCUCCCACCUCUCAGGGCCAGCGGAGGACAGCAGCUCUGACUCGGAGGCUGAGGAUGAGAAGUCAGUUCUGAUGGCGGCUGUGCAGAGCGGGGGUGAGGAGGCCAACCUGCUGCUUCCUGAGCUGGGCACUGCCUUCUAUGACAUGGCCAGUGGCUUUGCUAUGGAUCCCCUGUCCGAGGCCAGCGCUGGGGACACUGCCACCCCGCCGUGGAAGGAAUGUCCUAUCUGUAAGGAGCGCUUCCCUGCUGAGAGUGACAAGGAUGCCCUGGAGGACCACAUGGACGGACACUUCUUUUUCAGCACCCAGGACCCUUUCACCUUUGAGUGACGUCACCUUUCCUAGUACAUGCACAAUUACACACAUACGUGUACACACGUGCAUGCACACACACACACAGACAUACACUUUUCCAUCCACUGGGCUCCAUGAUACCCUGUUUCCUACGAACCACUCCUGUGUGCCCUUUUUUCAUCCCAGGCUUGCUAACUUCAUCCUCUCCUACCUGGCUUUUUGUCCUGGCCAGGGUCCUCUUUGGAAGCUGCGGCUAAACCACCCCCUGAAAGCGGUUUUGGAAGAACCAGGACGGAGGAAACCGGUGGGACUAGCACCGUCCACUCCUAGCCCUGGCUGCUUCUGAUACACUCUCUGAUGCCCCAAAGCCAGUUCCUGGGGCACCCCACCCUCUCUUACUUGGGGUUUGUAUUUGUUUGCCUGAGUUUUCUCUGGGGCCUGCACAGAGGCAGCAGCGUGGACACCAUGACCUGUCCAGGUCUCUUUGGUUCUCAGUUUCGAGGGUUCCUCUUUCUGUUCCCUGGUUGCUUUCCGCACCCCACCCAGCCUUUUCUGUAGAAGUAAUAUCUUAGAUGGUAAUAUGGAGGUUUCUUUUGUAUUUUUAAGGCUUUCUGUACUGUCUCCUGCCUCUCCCUGCUGCCCCCCUAAACCCCUGUAUCCUCACAUGAAAAGAAAUAACGUAUUUGUGCCUUCUGUGGGGGGCGGGGAGUGAGCCUACACGUCCUCAUUUCCGGCCCUACCUUCCCAAAGGCCCCACAGCAAUAAGAGCGUCCCCUCCUCCCAUACCCGUCCUCUCUUAUCUGUAGUUUGGACAAAUAUAUUUAUAUGAUAAGUGUAA